CAUUAUUCGAAAAAGAACUCCUGGUGGCUCACAUAGAUAGAAAGAAUUCGCUCAGGUAGCAUCAGACCUGGGUGUGAGUGUGGGCUGGGAUGGUCAUAGUGUUGUGCGCAGAAUGACAAUAGCUUUGGUACCACAGCCUUGGGGACCUUCAGCUCCUGUCCUCCUACUGUGUUUCAGGUGAGCUUUUUAAGCUCCCUGCCCUCAGUUUUUGUGGCCAGCCCAGGAGAUCCCAGUGCAUUCUUCUCCACAGCAGCACAUGAUCAGCCUCAGUUUCUUUGUCUGUAGAAUGGAGCUAGCCUGGCUUCUCUGGGUGGAGAGCAGCAGGGAGCCUGAGGGCAUGUGGUCCACCUUUAUUAAAGGUUGUCUCUAUUGUCAUAUUUUUGGAAACAGACUUGGCUUGAAUGCAGAAGGGAGCUGAGCGGGGUGGCGGGUCCUGGUGUGCAGGGCCAGAGUUCUCCUUCGACUCAUUCACGCACAUUUCACAGGAGGUGGCUGAGACUUUUCUGUGUUUCUCACCAAUCCGGGCACAAGUAGUAACAGUGGCAUGCGCUGUGUCCAGGGCUGCACCCCGUGCCCUUGGCAUGAAUUAUCAAUAACUGGUGGGGGGUGCUGUGCCCACUAUAUAGGGGAGGAGACUGAGUCACAGCAGUAGGUAACCUGACAGAGGCCACAAGAGCAGGCGUUAAUCCCCUGCCAUGGUUCGGAGCAGAUUCCCUUGAGAAGGGCUCAACUUCCCCUGGACUUGGCCUUUGGGGACUCUGACCACUGGAUUUGGCCUUUGGCUACCACCAGAUACUAGCCUCUUCUGGAGGUCGGUUCUACUGGCCAGAGCUCAAAGAGAACCAUGCAGUGCCACCCACAGGGCACCUGCACUGGCAUGCCCAAGGAGAAGGAGUUCACCACAGAGUGGCCUCCACUGGGGAGGCAGCUGGAGCCCUGGUGCUGUGACCUUGGCCACCUCUCAGUGCCUCAGCAUUCACCUGUGAAUUGGGGAGCUAACACCAAGCUCAAGGGUCAGGACAUGCUUUGUAAACCAUCAAAGCAAAGUGUUGUCCCAGGAUAAGCCCGGUGCUUUCCAGGGCUGGCUGGCAAGGCACUGGGGAUGCGUGAGAACGGGAACAACCCGAGAAAGCACAUCCUGAGGGUGGAGAGAAAGAACACUGAGCGCAGCUGAGAGGCUGGAAGCUGCGUGGCCAGGACUGAGCACAAGUCUGGGCUGCGGGGUGAGUUGGCAGCCCAGGGUCUUCCUGGGCUGAGAGGUGUGAGGGCUGAAACUCCUAGGCCCUGCUCAGGGUGGUUCCAGGGCUGCAGUGCUAGGGGAGGCAGCCAGGCACCUCAGGAAGCCCGAAUGCAGACACAUCAACUGCCACAGUGGCGUGGCAGGGGUGGGUCAGGUAGCCCACAGCACGCACUGAGUGAGUGCAUUUGGAAACUUCCACUUACCCACCGCACACCCAGCCGUGGCUGCCCGGCUGAAGAAUACACCACUGCCCAUCGCAGCCUUCCCUGGAAAUUUCCUCUGGGCGGGGCUGGCUACCCAGCAGGCAGCUCCCCGCCCCAGCCUCCUCAGGGACAGCUCCUCGGGCCUCGGCCCCUCCAUACACAUCCUGGCUCUUCUUAUGACGAGGGUGGCAGCUCCAAGGGCGAUGUGGACCCCUUCCACUAUGACUAUGAGACCGUCCGAAAGGGAGGCCUGAUCUUUGCUGGCCUGGCCUUCGUCGUGGGGCUCAUCAUCCUUCUCAGCAAACGCUUCCGCUGUGGGGGUGGUAAGAAGCAUCGGCAAGUCAGUGAAAAUGAGCUGUAACACUAGAGUCAGCUCGGACCUCUGCCCCAUCACUGCCACUACCUGAGCUGAAGACAGCGCCAGGCUCCCUGUGACCCCGGGAUGGAGCCGCCUCCUGCUGCCUCUGCUUCUCCCAUCUGCCUCCCUUCCUCCUCCUGUGUCUGCAGCACCCUCUGAGUACAGAUGCAGCCUGGUUUC